AUGCGGUUCAAGACUUCUGUUAGGAAUAUUCAAACGUUCAGUAAACUUACAGCAUCAUUGUCAUCACUUGGCAAAGUAGCUUGGGUGCGUCUUGACGAUAAUGGAGUACGAUUCACAAUCAUUCCUGAGACAGGAACUCAAGUUUGGGCGUCUCUCGCGAUCGAUUCCAUCUUUGAAGACUACACAAUUCAAUCCGCCGCUCCAGAUAAUACAAUCAAUUUAGAAUUACCCCUCCCACCCCUCCAUCGCGCUCUGAAAUCUGCAAUUAACGCGUCUUCUGCUUCGAUACGACUUACAAAACGAGAUGGCAUGCCAGUCUUGUCCCUUACAGUUAUUACCAAUACAAUGAUGCAUGGAAAGAGUGCCAGCUUUCUUGGUGGCGAAGGUGCACAAGCAGACCCAUUUGCAGAAGGUUUCCGGGAAGAAAGUCUCGAUGCGAACAUAAGAAGAGACAGAGAAGCUAUUGUUACUCAAGAUAUACCGAUACGUAUCUUGACGGCGGACAGUGUCGAAGGAAUCCAUGAACCAAGAGUUAGGGAUCCAGACGCGCAUAUUAUGUUACCUUCUUUGAUACAACUGAAAGCUAUCUCGGAACGGUUUACAAAACUCGCAAUGGCCACUGGAUCUGGCGGAACUAGGGGAGUAAGUGGAGGGAACAUACCUAAGUUGGAAUUGAGUGCGAAUAUGCAUGGAAGUCUAAGGUUGAGUAUUGCUACCGAUGCAUUGAAUAUCUCAAGCGUUUGGACAGGUCUUAACAAUCCGGAAUUGGAUCCAAGACAAUUGGAAGAUGGUGAUGAUGAAAUUCAAAAUCAUCCAGCUACAAGACUUAAAGCUGCCGGUCCAGAUGCUUGGUCAACCGUUAGAAUAGAUGGAAGAGAUUGGGGAAAGGUACUUAGUGUUGGAAGGCUUGGUGGAAGAGUAAUUGCAUGCUUCGUCAAUGACCAUGCAUUGAUCUUAUACGUUUACCUCGAUAAUUAUGACGAUGCCGGAGAUGAAUCUGUCCUAACGUACUAUAUUUCCUCUUUCAGUGCAUAA